AUGACGACGAAUCCACUGUCUGACAAUGUGCUGCUACUUGGUUCAAGCGAGACAAAUGAGCUACUGGUUGUAGAUGCAUCAAACGGUAGUCGAUUGUUCUGUUUUAAAAAUUGUCGCUCGGCGAUGAAUGGUGUGCAUGUAGUGCCGCGUACAAACCAUUUAGUGGGUGUGCAGGAGGGUAAAUUAGCACUUCACCUCUGGAACUGGGGCAAGGAUAUGCCUGUAUUCAAGUGCCAUGUGGCUGAAAAGAUGGGACCGAUAACAUCUUCAACUUGUGGCAACAUUCUCUUUGCUGGUGCAACGUCAGGAAAAGUUUACGUUUGGGAUAUCAAGACUGGAGAGUUAGUGACAGUUUUUGACGCACACUACAAGCGUGUGUCAGCUUUAGCUUUGACGUCGGAUGAUUCCCACCUGAUUACUGCAGGAGAAGAUGCUCUGGUGCAUGUAUGGCGACUUGUGGAUCUACUGGAUGAACCAGACAUAGUCUCAAGUUUUCAACAAGGAGUAACACCCAUUGUGAGCUUUACGGACCAUGUGCUACCCAUUACGUCACUACAUGUCGGUCUUGGUGAUGUCAACGCUCGUAUCUAUACAUCAUCUCUAGAUCGUACGUGCAAGAUAUGGUCACUACAUUCAUCUCAAUGCCUCUUUAGCGUCUCGUGUCCGUCAUAUGUAAAUACUUGCAUAGCUGACCCUAUGGAGCAACGACUUUUCAUGGGCUGUGGAAAUGGUGAAAUCUAUACACUGGAUUUAAAUGCUGCUGCUACGAUUGCCACAGCUGCAACAGCACGUGUUGCAAAUGCGUCAAGAAAUUUGUCGUCUACAAAUGGAUCACCAUGGGGUUCAGAAGCUUUGUUACCAGAUACUUUCCAAGGUCAUGAGACUAGUGUCACUAUGUUGCAAGUCCAUUCUAGUGGUGCGUUCUUAAUCUCAGGGGAUGAGGCUGGAGUGAUCCAUAUAUGGGAUAGUAUAAGUCGCCAGUCCUUACGCACUAUUAAGUUCUUUAAAGGGAAGAUAACAGCUCUGGUUCUUCUUCGUCGACCGCGAAAUCUAUUGCACCAGGAAAAGAUGCCGCUGUAUCUUGACAGCAACGACUUGAUGGUCACGCCGCUUCCUGUUGCUCCAUUAAAGAAAUAUAUGAAUACUAAUUCCACGUAA